AUGAACGUCGUGACGGAGAUCCAGCGUCUGAACGAGCGCGAGCUCGAGCUGAACGUGCCGCUCUCGGGGUCGUGGCACGCCAAGUACCGCGACUCGGCGUGGAUCUUCAUCGGCGGCCUCUCGUUCGAGCUGUCCGAGGGCGACGUGCUGUGUGUGCUGAGUCAGUUUGGCGAGGUCGAGGACCUCCACUUAGUGCGCGACCGUAAAACAGGCAAGUCGCGCGGGUUUGCUUUCCUUAAGUACGACGACCAGCGCAGUACGAUUUUGGCCGUGGACAACCUCAACAACUGGAAGCUGCUGGACCGCGUGCUGCGGGUGGACCACGUGCUGAAGUACAAGUUGCCGCAGGAGCUGCAGGACGACAGCGACGCGGACAGCAGCGACGAAGAACGAGGAGGAGGCGGCACUGGCCACGAGCGACGGCGGUCGAGAGGACUGCCGGGACACGCGUACGAGGGCAAAGCACUCGCGUCGGACUUUGAUUUGCACAGGGGCGUCGACGUGUUUGCUGCUGCUAAGCAGAAGACGGGGGAGAAGAAGCAGAAGACGGAGAAGAAGCAGAAGAAGAAGGAGAAGAAGGAGAAGCAGGAGAAGAAGGAGAGUGUGGAGCAGAGGCAGCAGCAAGUGGUGGCCCACGUGCUGGCAAAGCGGCGGGAGCAGAGGCAGCAGGAAGAGCGAGAGGGGGUGUCGAGCGACGGGAAGGAAGUUGUGGUGCAGCCGAGUGCGACGGGGUGGAGGGGGAGGCUCGAGCCGUCGGCGAAGCGGCCGCGACGCGAGUGCGAGGAAGAAGGACAAGAGCCAGAGCGGGAGGGACGAGGGAAGCAGCGGUGCACAGGCUACGGAGGCCUGAGUCGCACUCGGUAA